AUGAAUCGCCUUUCACUGGGCAAUGAACUAAUUAUCGCAAGAGGCUCCCCAACGGCUCUGCAGGUCUGCCUUCAUCUCCGCAAUAGUGACACGGCGAAUACUCCGAGCAUUUUCGUUUCACCCCACCUGCACCAUUGUGCGGGUACUGGUGUGAGGAGGUCGAUUGACGUAGUGCUAGGGUGUGGCAAAAAAAAACGGGUGUUUCCGAGCCUCACAGCACAGUUUCAUUGA